AUGUCGGAAAUUAAAGAAAAUGGAACCCACAGCCAAUAUGAUUCUAGCGUUUUGUUGCGGACAUGUGAGAAAGAAGUAACAGAGCCUUUGGAAGGAAGUAUAAUAGGAGAAAUUCCUUCCUGGAUUCGCGGAAGUCUCCUGAGAAAUGGACCAGGCCUUUUAAAAGUUGGAAAAUAUGAAUAUCAACAUAUAUUCGAUGGAUCGGCACUUUUACAUAGAUUUGCGAUAUUCGAUGGCCAAGUCACUUACCAAUGUAAGUUCUUAUUAUCGAACACGUAUAAGAAAAACCAGAUUGCGAAUCGUAUUGUAGUCACAGAAUUCGGUACGAGCGCGGUACCGGAUCCUUGCCAGACUAUUUUUGACAAAAUCUCAUCAGUAUUUGACCCAGCCAACCACACGACGGACAAUGCUGUGAUAUCUAUUUAUCCGUUUGGUGACGAAAUAUACGCACUCACGGAAGUGCCUUUACUUUAUAGAAUAGACCCUGUGACGUUAGAGACGAUGGAUAGACGAAAUCUGAUGGAUUCAGUUGUUAUCACACAUACUGCGCACCCGCAUAUCGCUAAUAAUGGGGAUGUAUACAACGUUGGUAUGCAGAUUGUGAAAGGCAGAAUAAAAAAUUUAAUAGUAAAAUUUCCAUAUAAGGAAAAAGGAGACAUGUUUGAGUCAGCAGAAAUUCUGGGAACGGUCACCACUCGAUGGUACAUUCAUCCCUGUUACAUGCAUUCAUUCGGAAUGUCGGAAAAUUACUUUGUUCUGAUCGAGCAACCCUUGGCAUUAUCAAUAUCGAAAUACUUAAAGUGUCAGAUGAAUGGAGAAGCUUAUGUGUCUGCACUAAACUGGUAUUCCGAAUAUGAGACCCAUAUCAUAACAGUCAGUCGUAUUGACGGAACAGUGAAACGGUAUAGAACAGCGACUGUCUUCUUCCUUCACGUGGUUAACUGCUUCGAACGAGAUGGGGAGUUGUUGCUUGACAUGUGUACAUACCAGGAUGCUAAGAUCAUUGAUGCUAUGUUUGUAGAUGCGAUUAAGGCAAGCCACAGCAACCUGGACUAUGCCAAGUGGUGUUCUACGAGGCCAAGGAGAUUUCACAUUCCCUUAAAUGCCCCAGAGAUGACCCUUGUGCAUUCAGAGAAUAUUGUUGACAUUGGCGUUGAGAUGCCCAGGAUUAACUAUGAGUUAUAUAAUGGCCGGCCGUAUAAUUAUUUUUAUGGAAAUAUAUCAGAUGUUUCAAGGGAGGAUGCUGGGGCGGUCGUGAAAGUAAAUAUUAGUACAGGGGAAGUAUUAACAUGGAAAGAAAGGUAUAGUUACCCGAGUGAACCCGUUUUCAUACCUCGACCUGGUGCUGUCGACGAAGACGACGGAGUGAUCUUAUCUGCCGUCUUAUGGAGUAACGAUGAAAACGCAGUUGAUCUACUUGUCCUGGACGCUCGGACUUUCAAGGAGUUGGGACGUGCGAGAUUCCGAACACCAACACCUGCACCCAAGUGCCUGCAUGGAUGGUUCUUAUCGGACAGUAAAAUCACUACUUAA